UACUAUAUAACAAAUAAUUUGAGGAGCGACUAUUAUGGCAGACUCCGGUAAAGAUCAGCCACCACCUUAUGUGCAGGGAGCAUAUCCCCCUCAACAACAACAGUACCCUCAACAAGUGUACCCACCUCAACAAGGGUACCCACCUCAACAAGGGUACCCACCUCAACAAGGGUACCCACCUCAACAAGCGUAUCCCCCCGCUCAAGGUCAGCCCGGUCAAGGUUAUCCUCCUCAGCAAUAUCCUCAACAACAACCUCAAGUUGUUGUGGUACAACAGAGAGGAGGAAUUGCCCCACAAACAAACGCUGUCCUAGCCUGGAUAGCGUGUUUGUGCUUCUUCUGGCCGAUUGGACUGGUUGCUGUACUGAAAGCUAACGAGGCAGACAAGUGUAUUGGACGAGGAGAUUUCGAGGGAGCAAGAAGAAGUGGAGAGGCGGCUAAGAAAUGGGCUAUUGCUUCAAUCAUCACACAAGUAGUUCUAGGAGUUGUCGUGGGAAUCAUCUACGCUAUCUACGUCGCUACUGUUGUUUCCACUGUGUACAGUUAUAAUGGAAAGUAGCGUGAACACCCAGAUUAUCAGAUUUCUUAACCGUAGAUCAGCCAACUCUCUUUAGGGAUGACUACUCCUUACAACCGUCCAAAUCACAUCGAUUCUUUGAGCGGACUAUGGAUUGUUGAUUCGUAGAUUGUAGAUUGUAGAUUGUAGAACUGAACUCUGUAUUAUAUAUCAAUUAUAUCAGAUCAUGUAGAGUAACGUUAAAAUGUUAUAACAGCGUUAAGUUCACAGUAAUUUCGUUAAGUUCAGAGUAAUUUUGAUUGAUUAUGAAAAAGCUGUUGAGAAGAUAGUUUAUAGCUUUAAUUUUUCUGUAGAUGAACGGCAAUUAUUUAGAUGAAUAUUUUUCUCUGAGAUUAUAGCUUUAUAGAUUGAUUUUCUUUCUAGCUUUUUAACUACGCGAUAAUCUGAUAAUUUGCUGACACUUAAUAUUGUAGUUUAAAGUUAAAGAAGUUUCUUUGACAGUAAUAUUCUCGAUAGCACAACGUGUUGGCAUAAUAGUUGCGUAACCAUGACAACAGUGCUGCCAUUUAGUCUCUGUAAUGUCACGGGGAUUAUGAUGUUGACAGUUUUAACUUUAAACUUUAAAAGAUCGACAAAACAAUUCGAUAAGUUUGAUUUCUCUACUCAGCUCCGCUGCAAUUUGGUUUUGGUUUUAAUUUUUUGAGUUUUUUUUUCAAUCAUUUAGCAUUUGUCGAAACUGUAG